UGCUCUGGCUGGAAGGGGUGAGCUUCAUUUACUCCGGAGCCUGCAGAAGUUCGGCGGAGCCGAGUUUGUUUUCUUGACCCACGAGUCCGCGGAAUAACUGGAGCGGGAUGGAGUCCACGGCAGCCCGGUUCUGCUGCGUGUUGCUCGGCCUCCUGGCAGGUGUGGCCUCUGGCCUGGAAAUUACAUCCACAGGGCCGACAUCUAUAGAGAAAGCCAGCGGUCAGAGUGUAAAGCUGGAUUGCCAGUUCUCUUUGGGCCCUGAAGACUCUGGACCACUGGACAUUGAGUGGAGCUUGCUGGCCUCCGACAAUCAGAAGGAGGACAAAGUGGUGAUACUGUACUCGGGCGACAGGGCCUACGAGGACUACUAUCCUGUUAUGAAGGGCCGUGCCCAUUUCAACUCGGCCGACCCAAAGAAUGGCGAUGCCUCCAUCAACCUGACUGGGCUGAAGUCCACGGACACGGGUACCUACCAGUGCAAGGUGAAGAAGGCUCCUGGCAUCCGCAGCAGGAAGAUGCUGUUGACCGUCAUGGUGAAGCCGUCCAAGCCAAGGUGCUAUGCAGAAGGCCUCACCGAGGAGGGCAAGGACAUUGUGCUGAGGUGCCUAUCCAGCGAGGGCACCAAACCCCUGCAGUACACCUGGGAGAGGACCAGUGACAGCAAGCUGCUGCCUGCCUCUGCUGUCCUGGACCCCACGGCAGGUAGCAUGAAUGUGAGGAAUGCAUCUGCCAGCGCGUCUGGCACCUAUCGCUGCACAGCCAACAACCGCGUAGGAAGCGAGGAGUGCAUUUUGCAGCUCAACAUCACGCCACCUCCCAACACUGCGGGCAUCAUCGCAGGGGCCGUCAUAGCUGUGCUGCUUAUCCUCAUCAUCAUCGCCAUCAUCCUCUUCUGUUGCUGCCGUGCCCGUCACAGGAAGAAGUACGAGAAGGAAAUCUGUAACGAGAUCAGGGAGGACGUACCCCCUCCUAAGAGCCGAGUGUCGACAGCGCGCAGCUUCACCAGCGUGGGCAGCCAGCGCUCCUCCCUGGGCUCCAUGUCGCCCUCCAACCUGCACGAGUACGCCCUCAAGCCCCAGUACGACAAGAUCCCUUCGUCAGAGGAGUUCGAGAGGCCUCCUAGCCAUGCCCCACUGCCCCCACCCACCGCCUCCAAGAUGGCCGGCCCCAACCUCAGCCGCAUGGGAGCCAUCCCUGUCAUGAUCCCCGCCCAGAACAGGGACGGCUCUAUCGUCUAGCACCACCCCUUUCUCACAGUAGGGACAGGAUGGUGCAAGGAGGA